AUGUCCAGGCCUCUAGGACAACUCUUCGCCUCUUCAGAUAUUCUUUCAGGUGAAGAAGCCAUGAGAAUGCGAAAUUACUGCUCCACGGCCUAUAUGGACCCUGACAGGGACCUCAAAGAUUCCUAUGGUAUUCUGUUCGAGGACGGGAGUCUUACCGCUUUCCAAGAGCACUUUCAAAGCCGUAUCCAGCAUUUCGAGGGCAGGCAGUAUGAAGCGGCACAGGAAUUGUUCAAAGUCAAAUGGGGUCCAACUCGUAUUCCGGUUUAUGUUGUGCUGCUCGCUUUUACAAGUAUCAAUCCUGGACUACGAUAUAAGUACAUUGCUAUUGCGGAAUGGCUUGUUGACACGGCCAAAGUUCCUGUUGACGGAACCGACAUAUCUGGUACCACAGCUCUGAUGCAUUCCAUCUCCCAGAAGCCCUACUUCGACCCCGAAUUUGCACAGCUCAUGUUCGAUGCUGGGGCCGAUAUCAAUCGAAGAGACCGCUUUGGCGCAAUAGCCGCCCACGAUAUUACCACAGUCCAGCUCCUUUACGAUCAUGUAGCGCAUGAAAAAGCGGGCCGCGCUUUGCAGUGGUUCCUGGAACAUGGCGGAACUCUGGACAUUAAGGAUGGGGAUGGUAUCUCUGUACGGCGGAUCAUCGCGAGUCUGGAAGGCACUGAUAGGACGUUGAAGGGGGUUGUGGACAGAGUUGAACAACAACAAAGUGGUGGUAGCAAUACCGGCAGUGGCAUAAUUGCGCGUCCUACGGCCCGCAACAGUCCAUGCCCAUGUGGGUCAGGUCGGAAAUUCAAGAAGUGCUGUGGUCAGGCAUGA